CAGGGCAAUGUUAGAAUCACUGUUACGCUACUGAUCAGUCCGCAUUUGCACUAUCCCACAAAAUUGUAAAUUUAAUAACCUACAGUCAUAAAAGUUUCAAAGUGGUGUUUAUUGCUAAAUUAACACGUGGUUUUAGAGAUAAAUAUUUUAUUUUGAAAAUUGUAGCUUUGCAGUAUUUUAUAUAAUGGAAAAUAGAAAAAAAUCUGAUAUUGAGUGGAUUGAUAGACGUAUUAAUAGAGGAAAAACUAAAACAGGAUUGACUCAUGAAUGUGGUGUUUUUGGAGCUAUAGGCAAUGAAAAUUCGAGUUGGGUCUCCAGUUCAGAAAUAGCCCAAUUUAUUUGCAUUGGCUUGGAAGCCUUACAACACAGAGGUCAAGAAUCAACAGGUAUUGUUACUAGUGAAGGGACCAAUGAUUACCACAUUCAUAAAGGAAUGGGUUUAGUCAAACACGUUUUUAGUAAUGAGAGUAUUUCUAAGUUAUCAGGUUUUUUGGGAAUUGGACAUACCAGAUAUUCCACAAGUGCUAAAUCAGAACAAGUAAAUUGUCAACCAUUUGUGGUACAUUCAAUGCAUGGAGCUUUAGCUGUGGCUCACAAUGGAGAAUUAGUAAAUGCAGCAGUAUUAAGAAAACAGGUAUUAGACAGAGGCGUAGGCCUGUCAACACAUUCAGAUAGUGAACUUAUUACACAAGCUUUAUGUUUGAUUCCUCCAGAUGGUGAAGUAAAUGGUCCAGACUGGCCAGCUCGAAUCAGACAUUUAAUGCAAUUGGCGCCAUUAAGUUUCUCCCUAUGUAUAAUGCUGAAAGACAGAAUUUAUGCUGUUCGAGAUUCAUAUGGAAACAGACCUCUAUGCUUAGGUGUUAUUUUGGCUCCAAAUCAAGAAUUGAUCCACGGAGAAUUGGAAGGAAUUCAGCCAGAAGGUUGGGUGGUAUCUUCAGAAUCCUGUGCCUUUAUGUCUGUUACCCAAUUUUUACGUGAAGUUCAACCUGGAGAAAUAGUAGAAAUGACUCGUAAAGGUAUAAAAACCAUCGACAUUGUUCCUCCACCAGAAGGAAAGUUACCCGCAUUUUGUAUAUUUGAAUAUGUUUACUUUGCUAGACCAAAUAGUAUCUUUGAAGGACAAGAAGUUUAUACAGUACGUGUACAUUGUGGUAUGCAACUAGCUUUGGAGCAUCCCGUGGAGGCUGAUAUGGUCGGAUCUGUACCAGAAUCUGGCAAUGCAGCAGCUUUUGGAUUCUCUAGGCAGUCAAAAAUACCACUAAGAGAAUUACUUACCAAAAAUACCUACGUUGGCAGGACUUUUAUUCAACCAAACAACCGUUUACGACAAUUAAACGUAUCUUUAAAAUUUAGUCCUAUAUUAGGAAACGUGAAAGGAAAAAGAAUUAUUCUCAUUGAUGAUUCGAUUGUUAGAGGUAAUACAGUGGGACCAAUAAUAAAACUGUUACGUAGGGCAGGUGCUAAAGAGGUACACAUAAGGGUUGCGAGCCCUCCUCUAAAAUAUCCUUGUUAUAUGGGUAUCAACAUUCCUACAAGAGAAGAGUUAAUAAUGAACAAAUUGAAAGAUACAAAAGAAUUUGCUAAAAAAGUUGAUGCUGAUAGUAUUGAAUACUUGAGCGUUGAAGGACUGGUAAAAGCUGUACGUAGAGAAUUACAACCACUAGGAAGAAAAGUAGGACAUUGCACAGCAUGUCUUACAGGAGAUUAUCCAGGAGGACUACCUGAAGAAUUGAACUGGUGAUAAAUAAUACAAGCUAUUUGAAUUUGAAACCAGUUCAAUUCAAAUUUGGAAAUUUAUACAAAAUAAUUGAAUCAAGAAAUUUAUAUUUAGUAGACCAUAGAUUGGAGUUUCUGGAAGCACUAAAAUUAUAGAAAUAAAAUGAGAUGUGGAAGUACAUAAAAAAAUACUUCUAAAGACCAAUAAUCAGAUAACAGACUAGAAUGUAUAAGGCUAGGAUCAAAAAUGAGUAUUCAGAAACUUGAAUCAAAAUUUGUUAAAUUAUCAAAGAAUUGAGAAUUAAAGUAGAUUAAUAGAUGUAGAAUUAAUUGCUUUAAAAGUUGUUGAUUUGAUCCAUUUAGCGAUUCAUAACAAAAUUUGAUAUGAGAGAUAAAUACCAAAUGAUUGUCAAUUUUAUUUAAUUGUUUUGUUUUAAUGGAUUUCAUCUCGUCGAGUAUCUUCUUUUUGUUAUUCAUUUCUCAUGUAACAAAUGCUAUUGGCAGACAUUGAUCAUGUCUAAGUUGGAUAUGAGAGCAUCAUGUUGAAUCUCAUGUUUUUGUGCAAAAAGACAUCUUUAAGUAUUAUUUCAACUAAAUUGAGUUGUAAUAUUUACGCUUUAAUAAUAGUUCCUUUUUAUAGUAACUAACAACACUGUAUGCUUGAAUGGAUGUAGUACAUAGAAAUUGAUCAAAUAUUUUUCAAUCUAUCCAAUACUUGGGUGGAACAGUUUGUGUGUUAUUGAAUUAUUUUAUUAGGCAUCAUUUUUAACGAACUACUAUCUUACUGCAGUCAGUGUUAAGUGCGAAUUAUCAGUAUUGAUAUUUUAAUAAUAUAAUUUUUAUUCAGUACAAUUUACGUAGAAAAAGUAUUACAAACUAUCAUUGACAAAUUAUGGUUCAAAGAAAGCAAGUUUUUUCGUUAAAUCGUUUAGUUGGUAUUAUUUCUAUUAUUGAUCAGUUUUAUCUGUUUUCCAACGACAGAAGAAGAAGUGGUUAUUAUAAGAACCUCACGAAUUUGAUAACGUCUAAGUAUAAAUUGGAAUAUUUGCAGACAUCAUGAUUUGCAAUAAAAAAUAUCGUAGAAUUGAGUCGCUAACCACGUUAACUCCGUUUUCUUCUAGAUUUGUUUGAUACCAUUAGAUAGAUAAUUUUCUAACGCAUCUAACAGAAAAAUUUGAUUCAUAUAAAUCUCUUAUAAUUUAAAAGUCUAAAUAGAAAACCACGGAUAUUCAGACCGCUAUUUUUAAAGGCUCACACCACUCUGUGUUAAUUUACUCGAACUGUUGAACUAUUGUUGAAUUGUUUUUUUUUGAAAUAUGAUCUCAUUAAAUUUUUUCCAUCGUUAAGUUUUUUAGGUCAACUGUAAAAUUUGGUUCUAUGGAGUUAUGAGGUUUGCGACUUAGCCGACGAUAUAUGAAAUAUUUUUCGACAGAAACAUUUUUUGUUGUUGAACUUAUCUAAUUUCAUUCUCCUAAACCAAUUCUUUCCAUAUUUUUAAUUUAUCUAAGAUAACACCUAACCUUAAAAUGGCUAUUUUCAAUAAAAUCCUAUAAUGGCAAUUGUGAAUAAAGAGUGCAUUUGUUCUUAUAGUCUUUAUAAACAGAUUUCAGUUAGAAUCAGCUUUUGGUUUAGAAGUUUUGAUUGAAUUUUGCUUUUCUAUAUUUGUUGUCUUCGAUAGUUUGUGGAAAAGACAUAUUAUUAAUGCAUACUUAAUUAGAUUAAGUUUAUAAAAAAAUGCAGAAGUUAAUCUCAGUGAAAAAUAGUUAAAACAAUGAUUUAUAUUUAUUUUUGAAGGUCCGUGACUUUCAAAGUUAUAGUAUAUCAAUUUUGUAUGUACAGUACAAAAUGUGCACUUAGUACUCAAAUUGUAAAGCCUUUUAUUGUCGGUUAAUUUCAAUAUUAAAAUAUUCUUUAGAAAAUGUUUUUUCGAAUUUUAUUGUCAAUAAUGUAGGUUAAGGUCAAUUAUUCAUAUUGAUCGACUUAUUCUCAGUACAUUUUUACAUAUAUUGAAUAUUUUUAUUUGAUUUUUGAGAAAUGUAAAAUUAUAGAAGAAAAAUAAAACUUGCAAAAAUACAUUUAUACAUUUAUUGUACUUAUUUUCAUAUAUUUAUUUUUUUUUACAAAUAGUGUGGUCCAUUUUCUACUAUCACAGUUUAAAAAA